ACAAUGGACGAUUCGCAACCCAAGCUCCAAAAACUCAUCCGGAUGGAAGACUUUCUUCGACCCCAAAACUUGCAACAAUAUUCGAAAAAUGUGCACUUUAAAUGGCGACGAAAUCCUGCUGAUAAUCGUCUAGAGAACACAUCGAUGUUGGCCUUUUGUAUGUCAGCUUUCUGGAAUGUUAUAUUCUUCGGCUUCAACGGAUGGAAUGUUUUGGAAACUCUGUUGUUUGGUUAUCCGAAUACUCAAAACCCACCUAUUGUCAGCAUAACAGUUUACUUCUCCAUCCGCGGAUUGAUUCUGUAUCUAAAACGAAAAGAUAUUGUUGACUUCGUUAACGACUUGGAUCGUGAAUGGCCGCAAGACAUCGCUAGCCAAGUGGAGAAGAACAUGGAUCAAACGUACCUUGCCUUUUGCCAACGGUAUAGAUUUGUGCAGAUUUUUAGUAUUGUUGGUUUUCCUAUAUUUUGCAUGUUGCCGGUGGGAGUGUUUGUACUGACCCAUGAGGGGAGUGAUGUUCCUGUUUCUCUGAACGAGCAGCUUCUUGGAGGUUGGCUUCCUUUUGGAAUAAGACAGAACCCAAAAUUUUAUUUUUUGGUCUGGACCUUCGACAUUAUCUGCACACUUUGCGGUGUGUCUUUUUUUCUUACCUUCGACAAUCUGUUCAAUGUGAUGCAAAACCACUUGAUCAUGCAUUUGGAUGACCUUUCUAAACAGAUCGAUGGCCUCAAUCCUGGUGACAGUGUGACUAAUGAGAAGGUAUUUUUUGCGAAUCUUUCCGCAUUGGUGCAACGGCAGCAGCUCUUGAACGAGCUUUGCCGCAGAUAUAACAACAUAUUCAAGGUGGCCUUCCUGGUAAGCAACUUCUUAGGUGCUGGGUCGCUAUGCUUUAUGCUCUUCAUCCUGUCAGAAGCAUCAGAUCUAUUAAUCAUUGUUCAGUACACGAUUCCCACACUUGUAUUGAUUGGUUUUACCUUUGAAAUCUGUUUGCGUGGAACUCAGCUAGAAGAGGCUUCGUCCAGGUUGUAUUCAAUUUUGGCCCGCCAAAACUGGUGCAACGGCAGCCGGAAGUAUCGUAAAUUCUACUUGCUCUGGAUUCAGUAUUCCCAGCGAACCCAGAAACUGGGAGGCUUCGGUCUCAUCGAAGUGAAUAUGGUGCACUUUACUGAUAUAAUGCAAUUAGCCUAUCGACUCUUCACGUUUCUUAAAUCACAUUAG